CCUCGCUCCCGCGACUCCCACCCCCAGCUGCAGGGUCCAGAAGCCAAACGCGGGUGGCCCCAGGGUGCCUAAGGCUGCCGAGGUGACACUUUCUCCUGUCGUCUCCAUCUCGAAGCUGCCGGUAAAUGUGACGUCCCCUUGUCCCCAUCCCAGCGGGGGCGCCCUCGGGUGCACGCAGGGCCCAGAAGCUGUUUUCGCUGUUUCGCUUUUGUCCCCUGGGCGCGGGGACGGAAGAAAGGCGUGGCCGGGGCCUCCUGUCCCCGCCCCUCAGACGGCCCGGCUGGGACCCCGCGGUCCCCAAGCGCAGCGGCUGCCGCGGACAUGGUGUGGCUGUGGCUGUGGCUGGUGGGGCAGAGGCUGCUGCUCUGGGGCGCGGCCAGCGCCGUCUCCCUGGCCGGCGCCACCCUGGCCCUGAGCGUCCUGCAGAUGGUGGCGAGCUACGCGCGGAAGUGGUACCAGAUGAGGCCCAUCCCCACGGUGGCCAGCGCCUACCCUUUGGUGGGUCACGCGCUGAUGAUGAAGCGGGACGGGGCAGAAUUUUUUCAGCAGCUAAGUCAGUACACAGAAGAAUACCGCCAUAUGCCACUGCUAAAACUCUGGGUUGGACCAGUGCCAAUGUUGGCCCUUUAUAAGGCUGAAAAUGUGGAGGUAAUUUUAACUAGUUCAAAGCAAAUUGACAAAUCCUCCAUGUACAAGUUUCUAGAACCAUGGCUGGGCCUAGGACUUCUUACCAGUACUGGAAACAAAUGGCGCUCCAGGAGAAAAAUGCUGACACCUACUUUCCACUUUACCAUUCUGGAAGAUUUCUUAGAUGUCAUGAAUGAACAAGCAAAUAUAUUAGUUAAUAAGCUUGAAAACCACGUCAACCAAGAAGCAUUUAACUGCUUUUUUUACAUCACUCUCUGUGCCUUAGACAUCAUCUGUGAAACAGCCAUGGGGAAGAAUAUUGGUGCUCAGAGUAAUGAUGAUUCCGAGUAUGUCCGUGCAGUUUAUAGGAUGAGUGAUUUGAUAUUCCAGAGGAUGAAGAUGCCCUGGCUUUGGCUUGAGUCUUGGUAUCUUAUGUUUAAGGAAGGAUGGGAACACAAAAAGGGCCUUAAGAUCCUACAUACUUUUACCAACAAUGUCAUCACUGAACGGGCCAGUGAAAUGAGGACAUAUGCAGAAGACAGUGAAGGUGACAAGGGCUCUGUCUUCUCCAAAAACAAACGAAGAGCUUUCCUUGACUUGCUUUUAAGUGUGACUGAUGAGGAAGGAAACAAGCUGAGUCAUGAAGCUAUUCGGGAAGAAGUUGACACCUUCAUGUUUGAGGGUCACGAUACAACCGCAGCUGCAAUAAACUGGUCCCUAUACCUAUUGGGCUCUAACCCAGAAGUCCAGAAAAAAGUGGACAAUGAGUUGGAUGAAGUGUUCGGGAAGUCUGAUCGUCCUGCUACCUCCGAAGACCUGAAGAAACUGAAAUACCUGGAAUGCAUUAUUAAGGAGACCCUUCGCCUUUUUCCUUCUGUUCCUUUGUUUGCCCGGACUCUUAACGAAGACUGCAUAGUGGGUUACAAAGUUGUGAAAGGCACCGAAGCUGUCAUCAUUCCCUAUGCAUUGCACAGAGAUCCCAGAUACUUCCCCAAUCCUGAAGAAUUCCAGCCAGAGCGCUUCUUUCCCGAGAAUGCCCAAGGACGCCAUCCGUACGCCUAUGUGCCCUUUUCUGCGGGGCCCAGGAACUGUAUAGGUCAAAGGUUUGCCAUCAUGGAAGAAAAGACCAUUCUCUCCUGCAUCCUACGGCACUUUUGGGUAGAAUCCAACCAGAAAAGAGAAGAACUAGGUCUGUCAGGAGAGCUGAUUCUUCGUCCGUGUAAUGGCAUCUGGAUCAAGCUGAAGAGAAGAAAUGUGGACGACUCCUAAUCCCAUUACUGGACACUGCCUUUAUCAUGAAAAAGAUCUUUGCUUAAGGGAUGCUUGGCGUUUACAAUCUGUAGAUCAUGAGUUCAAUAGUCUUAAAUCCCUGGGCCUAAUCCCUGGGUCUACCAAAGAGAAAGUUUUUGUAUUUUUACCACUAUCAUAUAGGUGUUAUACCUGGUCUUGGUCCCAAAAGUAGAUGAAGUUAACUAAGUUAGUACCCAAAUAACAAGUUUCUCAACAGAGGGAGCCACAGACCAAUUCAACUUCACUUUGUAGACCCAAAGGAUACAAUCUAAUUGAAGUUCCAGAAUUUUUUAAAAGCAUUCUUAUUGACUCAGGACAAGAUAGAUACGUGGGUAUAUAUGAUAUAUGAUCUCAUAUAAUUUGAAAAAAGUAAUUAAACGCUUUGACUAAGGGUUUAAAUUUUUUAGAUUAUAUCAGUGGCAUCAGUUAUGAGAAGAAUAUUAUAUAACUUUUCAGAUUUUACCAUUUAUGAGUGGACUUGUAGGUUCUGUUGCAGUUUCCCUGUUGACUUCAUUUCAUGCUUUGGUUACUUCUUUGACCUAAUUUCAAUUUCUGUUUUUGUUUUUGUUUUUUUUCCAGAUUUGUAAGAGGGCAUGAAUGAUUAGGUUACGUUGAUUGCAUUUGUUAGGUAAAGUCCAAGUUGUAGUUGAGCCCUUCACCCAGGGGGUGCUGCAUACCCUUAACAUGGUGCCCAUUAGGCCAGAGUUGACAUAAAUUCCAACCUUUAGCUAUUUGUCCUACUUUUUUUGAUCCUAGCAGAAACAUUUUUGGCAGUUUCUUAUUCCCAUUAUUAUCUCUCUGUUUUACCCAUUGUUUUCUUUUCGUUGGGGUUUACGUGUAUUGAUCCUUGCCUUUUCUGAUAUUAACCAACUUAUGUUUCAUAGAAAUAAAGGCUAUACUGAAAUAAAACUGAGAUUCCUAUGUAAAAA